GAAGCUCCUGACUCCAUAUCAAAGGGAUUUCUGUUUCCUUCACCUUCUGCUCUUCCUUUGUGCCACUGCUUCACUACCAGUACAAGCUCGCUUCACUUUUCAAAAGCUACCAUGAACCUAUGUGGCGGUCCUCGAUGCCUUGGUGGACGAAGGAGCUUCUCUUCCUUUUCUGUCACUGGCGGCUUGGAUGGAGGUCGAGGCAGCUGUGCUCCUGUGUGCCAGCCCAUUGCAAGGCCAUGCAGAGCUGGUGGCUAUUCCAGCAUGAGCCUUAAUAACUGUGGUGGUGGAAGUCGAAGAAUUGCUUACAGUCAAGGCUAUGCAGGACAAAUCUAUGGUGGCACUGGUGGUCAAGGUGUAGGUGGUCAAGGCAUAGGUAUGGGUGGUCAUUACAUAGGUAUGGGUGGUCAAGGCAUAGGUAUGGGUGGUCAAGGCAUAGGUAUGGGUGGUCAAUGCAUAGGUAUGGGUGGUCAAGGCAUAGGUAUGGAUGGUCAAUGCAUAGGUAUGGGUGGUCAAGGCAUAGGUAUGGGUGGUCAAGGCGUAGGUAUGAGCAGUCAAGGUGUAGGUAUGGGUGGUCAAGGCAUAUAUAUGGGUGGUCAAGGCAUAGGGGUGGGUGGUCAAGGCAUAGGGGUGGGUGGUCAAGGCAUAGGUAUGGGUAGUCAAGGCAUGGCCUAUGGUGGCUUAGGAGGGGGUUUUGGUGGCCCUGAGUGUCAGGGUGGAUUCGGAGGUUAUGGGCGGGUGGGAGGUUUGGGUGGUGGGGUACCAUGCCGAAGUGAAGGGAUCCGAGGGGUCUCUAUUGAUGAGCGUCUCUUGAAGCCACUUUCCGUUGGAGUUGAUCCAGAGGAACAUAAAGCACGUGCUCAUGAGAAAGAAGAGAUGAAGACCUUGAACAACCAGUUUGCUUGCUUCAUUGAUAAGGUCCGAUCCUUGGAGCAGCAGAACAAGAUGCUUGCCACCAAAUGGGAGCUCCUGAACCAAUGUGUCCCACCUACAAGGAAGAACCUUGAAGGCUACUAUGAGAAUUUCCUCGCCUCACUUAAGAAGCAGCUGGAAUGUCUCCUGAGUGAGAGAGAGAAACUGGAACAUGAACAGAAGAACAUGCAGGAACUGGUUGAAGAAUACAGGUCUAAAUAUGAAGAGGAAGUCAACAGGCGCACAUCAGCAGAAAAUGAAUUUGUGGUGCUCAAAAAGGAUGUUGAUUCUGUUUACCUCACCAAGGAAGAGCUGGAGUCUAGAGUAGAUGUGCUGGCGCAGGAGUUGGAAGUCCUGAGAUGUGUCUUUGCAGAGGAGUUGGCUCAGUUCAACCACCAGAUCUGUGACACUUCAGUGGUUCUGAAAAUGGACAACACGCGAGACCUGGACAUGGGCCUUAUCCUUAAGAACGUAGAAGCCUGGUAUCAGAAUAUCGCUCAUACCAGCAAACAAGAAGCUGAAGCCUUUUACCACAACAAGAUUGCAGAGAUUCAGAAUAAUCGAGGCAAAUUCAAUGAAGAACUUAAAUGCAACCAGCAUGAAAUUGCAGAGCUCAACAGAGUGGUCCAAAGGCUGCACUCUGAUUCUGAAAACGCAAAGAAGCAGGUUGCCAAUCUGCAGUCAGCUAUCUGUGACGCUGAGCAGCGUGGUGACAUUGCCCUAAAAGAUGCCCGGAGCAAGCAUGGUGACCUGCAGACUGCCUACCAGCAGGCCAAAGAUAAACUGGCUUGCCUGCUCCGUGAUUACCAGGAGCUGCUAAACACCAAGCUGGCACUGGAUAUUGAAAUUGCUACUUAUAGAGCACUGCUGGAAGGAGAGGAGAGCAGGAUAUGCACUGGGAACCCUGUCAGUGUUGCUAUGGUCAGUGGCGGCUACCCAGUUGGCGAAUGUGCUCCUGGGAUGGGAUCCGGAAUGGCCUAUGGUGCUGCUGUAGGAAGAGGCGUAGAACAUGGCGUAGGCGCAUAUGGUGGUGUGGGGGGCGGAUUUAGCUCCGGAAGUGCCGGGUGCAUCCACACAAUGGGAGCCCGAACAGCAGCUAGCUCAGUAGGCAGUAGCUCAGCAGGUAGAGGGGCAGGCGUUGGUUAUGGGAUUGGACACAGCUCUGGAGUAGUAGGAACUGGAGGAGGGUAUAGUUCCAAAAGUGGGGGCUACACUUCGGGCGUUACCACCACUAAGCACGUGGUGACCUCUGGGGGUGGAAGGCAUAGCUCAGGCAUUUCUGCAGAUGGAAGUUGCGGCAACGGGCACCACGGUGGGAUCCAUCAUGCCGUAGGAGGAGCCGGCAGCAUCAUGAGCUCCUCUGGGAGUGGGGGCUACAGCACCGGAGCCUGCGGCAUUGGAGGUUCUGGGGUUGGAUUGCACAGCUCAAGUGCUGGAGGGGUUUUUGCUUCUGGAUCUGCUGGAGGCACGUCAGGAGGUAUAUAUGGUGGUUCCCGAGGUGACACCAGCAGUGGUAUGAGAAGCUUCCGUGUUACAUCCAUCAGUUCUUCAGUCAGAAAAUGUACCCAUUGAAAGCCCAGAUAUUGUGAAGGAAUGAACCCCACCUGUAGACAGCUGCAUGGAUCAUGACCAGUGCCAGCCAUGCUCUAAAGUAACAGCUACACCAAAUGUACAUUUUAUAGCAGAGAAGUUGCUGCCCACAAGAAUGGUUUGCUGUAGCUUGAGUUCAAUGGCUCAGUGGCUGUCUUUGGGAACUAUUUUGGCUAUCCAAGCAAUCUCCCCCCAGGUUUGCUCCUUUCCUCUGUUUUACCCCUGGGUUUUCUUGUACAGGCUAAAUUAGGACCCACCGCAUUGGAAUUCAGAUUUUUUUUCCUCCUUCUUCUAGCAAAGCAUUUCAGAAAGGGAAGCAAUGCAUUCACUGUCCAAUAUGAGAUUGCAAAAUAACAUUUCUCUUUCUCUUUGCACCGGGAAUGAUACUUGCACAUAUAUGUAUAUUUUAAUAGUAUGUUGGUUUUUGUUGACCUCCCCUUUGCACAAUGCUCAUGUCACACUAGAACACUAUCUUUGAUCUAAAUUACAGUACUGUUACAACUAGACCUGCUACAGAUGGGUGUGUGUGUAAAUUUGCAUAUGUAAUCUCAAAUUGCUCAAAAGAUCCACAUCUUCAGGAGUUUGGGGGGAAUGUAUGAUGUAUUUAACUGGCCUGUGUUACAUAGCAUCAGUAUUCAAAUUUUGGUGAUGAGAACUGAAUUUCAGCACACAUGUACCCCAAACAAAUUAGGUGAUGAAAUUCAAAUAAUACAUUAGGAAAUCUUCAGAAUUUUUCUGGGAAAUUCUGUUUCAACUCUGGUUGCAAUAAAAAUAGUAAUAAUUAAGCACUUGUUUAUGUUUUACCCACAGUUCAAUGCAUGCAUUACUAUUCUGUUUAAAGUCUGGUUCAAAAUGCCUUGUGCUUCUGUAUCUACACAGUUGUAACAUCACUGCCUACACUUUGCUUCUCAUCAAGAACUCCCAAUCCUCUUCUGUAUUUCCAAUAAACUGCAUGCAUGCACUUGGCUUCUGUCUCACAUAUGUUUUCCCCACUUUUCUCUCUAUGAUGUUGCAUCAAAAUGUAACUAAACAUCUGUGUUGUUGACAUAGGGCCCCUCUGGACGGCUGUUGCAUUGCAGGUGUAUUCUACAACAUGUUCUUUACACAAUAAUAGUGCAUUGGUGAUGGUCUUAUUCUGCUUUAGUUUGUUUUGUGAGGAUUCCCCAGUGCUAUCACAUUAUUGCUCUAUAGCACAACAAAAGCAGAGCAAAAAUAAAUCACAACGUUUGUGGUAUAAAUAGUUGUGGGGUUUCAGCAGGAAGUUACGGGAUAUGCACUGAUGAAGCAGUGGAGAAAUGACGCAGUGUGAUCACCCCAAAACAUAUCCCAGGCUAUGGUGUGAAGGCACAUCAGGCCACCACCUUGUUGAAGCUAAGCAGGUCUGGGUCUGAUUAGUGCCUGGAUGGGAGACCGCCUGGGAACCACAUGUAUGCUUCCUUGGGUUCCAUGGUGAAAGAAAGGCGGAGUAUAAAUGUAACAAAUAAAUAAAUAAUAAAUAAACUUUUGCAGGUGUAGAAUACUGAAAGUAGGAUUAUGUAUGACCACCCUGAUAACAUCAUGAACACAAAUCAUCACUAAUGUGCAAU